AUGCAAGAGCAAGAGUUGAGCAUCCUCGAAUGGGCGCGAAGGCAAGGCGCUUGUAUAGACUACGAGACCGAGCUGCUGCACAUUGGCAGACUUCAGGUGCCAGCAAGCGAUAAUUACGAUCAGCAUCUUCACGAUCCCUCCGACGCGACCAUCACUACUGACCUCAGCACGCUUAUCAAGGAAAGGCUCACAUUGGAUAAAGAAGCUGCAUCACUCCUAAAGGCAGUGCAUUCACUCCAGGAAGUUGAUGCAACCGAAUCGUCAGCCAUCAGCAGCCGAAUGUGGAUACGCGAUCUGAAACAAGAGCUGCCUGUGUUGCAGUCAGACCAUGAGCUCGACUUACUGAACUUUGGCAGUGUAGCUGUGCCAGACUUCAAGAACUUGCAAAUACCCUCCGAGAUCACGGUAGAGCAGAAUGACGAGUGCUUCACAUGGCCAGCCAAGUACUUCGCCUAUCCUGCCCAGUGCGAUGCACAAGUCAAAGCCGAAAAAAUCGCCGUCACGAAGGAGGUAUUAGAAUAUCUGCAGGAAACUGCUAGAGACGCAUAUGUACCGGAAGAUGGCGAAAAGAUCGAAGCCGAAAGUACCAUACGGAAACAGAAAUCAAUCAUUCGGCCUGUCACGCCACCGUUGCUCCCUUUGUCUCCGCCAAUGAAACCUUACGUACCAUCCUCACCUGCAAAUCGUCUACCACUGGCUUCGGACAGUAGUGGCUCGGUCACCGCUGAGGCACAGGCUUUGCACGACCAAAUCAUGGCGGCGGAUUCCCUGCUUCCCGAGGGCUCAGACGGCAGCGACUCAAUGCUACUCGAUAUUCCCCACAUAGCCGCUUUCAAUCCUCUCGAAGUAUUCACCCUACCCAUACUUAAACGCCGAGCCGAAGAUCUCAAAGUGGAAGGCCCACUUACUCCACCGCUAUUUUCCACGUCGCCAACGAAGAAGCUGAAGUCCGUGUCUUUUGCAGACACUCUACAUGAGUAUAGCUCGUACGUGCCAUGGGGUCAAGACGUGAUGACUGGUGAGGGAAAUUCCAGCAUUGAAUUCGACCCGUUCUUCAAAGCAAUCGAAGACCUGGCUGAGGAAGCGAGGAAGAAGGUUGAAAGUGAGAAGCUAUCAGGCGCCGACACGAUUGUAAGAGUGGAUGUACCUGACGCUGACUUCUCACUACCUGUUGCACCAUGGGACGAGUAUAGUCAGCGUAGUGGCAAACAUGGACCUGAUGAUACUGAACUCCAAGCACAAAUGAGGUUUAUGCUACGGAUCAAGCAUGAGGACAUGAAGUCGGCAUCUUCGUGGCAUGGACUUUCGGUCCCGGAGCGAGAGUUGAAAUGGGGCUUUCUCAAUACCAAUGUAUUUGCUCCAAGCCUCGAAGAAAAACUCCAUGGUGAAUCAGAAAUGACUAGGAUCAUCGCUGAAGUGGAAGACGGCAAUAUUGCCACCAGCUCCACUCAGGUGUGGAAGCGCGAAGGACUUCGGAUCCUUGACGAAGACGAAGACGAGGAAGAGCUAGAUCCGAAUAGAUAUGAAGAGCGACAGAACAUGGAAGCUUUGAUACGUAAGCGAAAGUUGGAAAUGGAGGAAGAGAUGGAGGAAAAGCACCGCAACCGGACGCCCUCACAGCAGGCUGUACGCCCACAAAUCCAGCCGCCCAGGGGCUUGCAGCAGAGCCAUCACUUCGGAGGACGAGGGGCAAUGCAGACCUCAAGGAACCGGUCGAAGAAGAUGGAACACGCCUCCAAAGGACUACAAGGAUCCAUGGAUGCAAGCGGUGAUCUGAUGUUUGGCGGAUUCUCAGCGUCGACCGCUCUUCACAAGUUCAUGAAGACGCGUGGUGAGUCCGUGGAGCCAGUGAAGAUUAGUAGUACAGAAGCGCUCGAUUUGAAAGGCCAUGCUCAGUCCAAUGCGUGCAAUCUACCAGUCCAAUCAAGAGGAUCUGCUUCGCACAAGUCAGCAGUCCAAGGCCAGCAGGCGCAUACCGUCAAGCCACUGCCGCCCACCGUUCCGAGCAAUCUAGCACCUUCCUCUUUCGUGGUCUCUUCGUCCUUGCUACAGCAGCGAGGGGUACUGAAACACAUCGAACAACUGUACCCAAAAGCAGAGAUGGUAUAUCGGGAUUAUACACUACCGCACUCCACAGCCGGCGAGGCCGGAAUCAUACUCUCUCCAUCCACGGGCCUGAUCUUUACCACUUUACAGGAGGUCAAACAAAGAGCCCUCCCUGGACAGCCAGAAAGAUCACUGGUAAAGGAACGUGUGGCUACGCUUCAGUUACGGUACGAGAGAUUGGUAGUUUUAGUAAGUGAGGGGCUGAGCCGUGAGAUGGAAGAACUGGGCUCGAGUCGGCCAGACGACCCGCGUGAUGCGGAGGCGCUCAAGACUUUUGAGCAGUUCGCUAGCAGAUUAGAGGGCGAUGUUGUCGUUCGGUAUGUCCGCGGAGGGGAAAAGUCUCUCGCGUGCUCCACGGUGGUGGAGAUGGCAAACUACGGACUGCCCCAUGGCUCAGUGGACAUUGGCGACAUCAAGCCUAUUGCUCAGGAGACGAGCUGGGAGGUUUUUCUUCGUCGAGCGGGAUUCAAUCCAUUCGCUGCUCAGGCAAUCGUGGCGUGGCUCCAAAAACCCUUGAAUGUGCCGGUGGCUCCAACUCUUCCCGGAAAAUAUGUGUCAGCUGUCGGUCUUCCGCGUUUCAUACUGAUGAGCGAAGAAGAGAGGGUGCGUUCUUUCCAGGCAUUGAUGGGUGGAAGUAGGGUUCUCAUUACAGCUAGCAAGUUGGUGGACCAAGCGUGGGUCAGCGCUGCGCAUGGAUUCAGGAUGUGA